AUGGGUGGUACGAUAGGAUCAAUACCAAGUUCAGUUUCAUUUCCAAUAUUUGGAGUCGGUUUAACUACUCUUUGUUUAAGCAUAUGUUUUUGUUGCUAUUUAUGGCGCCUUAGACGAGAUACAUUUAGAGAAAAAGGCUAUCGAAAAGAUCAAUAUAUGCGUUGUAAAGUAAAAAAUUCCAGUUGUGUUAUUUGUUUUGAUGAUUUUUAUCAAGAUGAAGAAAUUGCUGUUUGUCCAUGUGAACAUGGAUUUCAUAAACGUUGCCUAUCACCAUGGUUACAACAAAAUUGUACAUGUCCAAUGUGUAAUAUGUGUAUCAAACCGGAAAUAUCCGGUUCAUGUCAAUUGCCUGAUAUGCUUUAA